UUGCUGUCUUCGAAGUCGGUUACCGCCAGCGAUCAAAAAGCUAGGGUUCCGAUCAUUGGUGAAUCUGAAUUGAUCAAUCUCCAAUUUCGCAAUAGAAACCCUAGAAAAGGAAAAUUCAAAGGAAAUGCAUCCGAAAGAUUUCCAAAUCUUGGUCCAAUCGCCGGACCUCAAAAUUUGUCCGCAAUCAGUAACCGGCGAUGAAACCCUAUCGCUCGUGAAACGCUCUCUCUUCCCGGAAUCACAACACCUCCUAUCAUCGUUCUACUUCACCGUUAAUGGAAAACCUCUCUCCGACGAUACCCCUCUCUCGAGUCCACAAAUCGCGCCCCUUUCUACCCUCGUCCUGCGAUCCCGACUCCGCGGCGGCGGCGGAGAUGGCGGAGCAACCGGCGCUGAGUCCCGCGACUGCUACCUUAAAAUGUACGCCGAGAAGAAACCAGACAAGGUGGACCCGAACGAGCAGAGGUUGUCGAAGUGGCAGAACUGCGCCCUGUCGAACGAGCCGUUGAGGGAACCCUGCGUGAUCGAUAAGCUUGGGAAUAUCUUCAACAAGGAAGCAUUGGUUGAGGCAUUGCUGGGGAAGAAGCUCCCCAAGGAGUUUGGGCACAUUAAGGGUUUGAAAGACAUGAUCAAUAUUCAGCUUUCUUUGGUUCCUGGUGUGAAUGAUGGGGCUAGGUUUCAGUGCCCUAUUGCAGGGCUUGAGCUCAAUGGAAAGUAUAGAUUUUUCGCUCUUAAGAAUUGUGGGCAUGUUUUGAGCGCCAAGGCUUUGAAGGAGGUUAAGUCCUCUUCUUGUUUGGUUUGUCACAAGGAGUUUGCGGAGGUGGAUAAGAUUGUGAUCAAUGGGAGUGAAGAAGAGGUGGCGGUUUUGAGGGGGAAGAUGGAGGAGGAGAAGGUUAAAAUGAGAGAGAAGAAGACCAAGAAGGUUAAGAAUGAAGGAGGAGUGGGUGUGAAUGGUGUGAGUUUGGAAGUGUCCAAGCUGAGUGGUACCAAGCAUGGCAUGGACGUUAAGGCUGUGGAGAAGGUUUCGGCUAAAGUUGAAGGAAAUGGGAAGGUUGCUAAUGUUGAUGUUGGUUUGAAGGGUGUGAGUGCUGCUGCUAAGCGUUUCAAGGUUACUGAUAUGGCCCCUGCAAAUGCUACAAAGGAUGUGUAUGCGUCCAUUUUCACUUCGUCAAAGAAGUCUGAUUUUAAAGAAACUUAUAGUUGUAGAUCUCUACCUCUUGGUAGAAACUGAUUGUGGUAUGGUGUCUGGCAUACAAGUGUCUACUGUUUUAUUGUUGUUGAGUGUACUGAAUUUUAGUUCGUGAUUGUAGAGGAGAUUGACUAAUCCUGUGAUGUCUUUACUUGUUUCAUUCCCAUUAGAUCAUCAUUAAUCUUUCUUUAGAAGGGGUUUUGUCACAAACAUCUAUUUGUUUGACCACUUCUUCAGGAGGCAGAGUUUAGUCAUUGUUCUCUUCCAAGUUUGGCUGUGUAAAGUGUUUUUGAAAAUAAUGCACUCUCUGUAUUUAGUUCUCUAUUCUCUUUUCCACUGCACUGUAAGUUGAUGACAAAAUUAAAAGCAGAACUUGUUGGCUAAUAUGAGAUUUGUUCAGGUCCAUCUUCUCCUAUAUUUCUGAUUACGCACCGGUUGUGGCAUCAUGCUAUAGUCAAUAUUUAAGUGAGACACAUCAUCUAAGCUGGGGGUUGAACAGUUGAACCUAUGACAUUCCGGUUAAUUACUUUUCUCUCUCACUUAUGUGUAGGUUGGUGAUGUCCAUCCUCCACAGAGUAUGUACUAGUACUACCCUUUCUUCUUUGUAGAUGAAGAAUGAAAUUCAACCUACCAUUUAACCUGAACUUGUCUUU